CGCUGCUGUGAGAAGACAAGUCGAUUUUCUGCUGUCACGCACGCACACACACGCACACAGAGCCUUUUAUUUACAGCUCCACGAGGAGCCUCAGUCCCUGCAGAAGCAGGUUCCAGGGUUCUGGUUCCAGCUCUGACCCGUCAGCAUCAAUCUGCAGCCACCGAGUCCGGUUGGGUUUGUUCCGGACUGGACCUCCAGUUCAACCAGAGAAACGCUGGAAUGGACUGUUGACUCCGCUAGAUGAAAUGACCGAACAUGUCUCUUAAAGAAGAUCAUGGAAGUAAAAAGGGCCCUCAUCACACUGAUUUAUACGUCAGCAUCCCUGAGACGUGUCUGCCUAUCGUCUACCACCCGGACUACAACAUCACCUUCAUGGGGCUGGAGAAGCUCCAUCCCUUUGAUGCAGGGAAGUGGGGGAAGGUCAUAAACUUCCUGAAAGAGGGGAAGUUCCUCCAUGACGGGAACAUCGUUGAAGCCCGUGAAGCUACCGAGGAGGAUCUUCUGGUGGUCCACUCCAAACGCUACCUGAACAGAUUAAAGUGGUCUGUUGUGGUGGCGUCCAUCACUGAAAUCCCCCCGCUGCUGUUUCUGCCCAACCCGCUGGUUCAGAGGAAGGUUCUGAGGCCGCUACGAACCCAAACAGGAGGCACAAUAAUGGCUGGAAAACUGGCUGUUGAUCGAGGAUGGGCCAUCAACGUAGGAGGGGGCUUCCACCACUGCUCCAGUGAUAAGGGAGGGGGGUUCUGUGCCUAUGCUGACAUCACUCUGGCCAUCAAGUUUCUCUUUGAGAGAGUGGAAGGCAUCUCCAGAGCCACCAUCAUCGACCUGGAUGCUCAUCAGGGAAAUGGACACGAGCGAGACUUUGUGGACGACCGCCGGGUGUUCAUCAUGGACAUGUACAACCGCAACAUCUACCCUGGAGACAGAUACGCCAAAAGAGCCAUCAAGAGGAAGGUGGAACUGGACUGGGGCACUGAAGACUCGGAGUACCUCCAGAAGGUGGAGCUCCACGCUGAGGGAGCGCUGAACGAGGUCCGGCCUGACAUCAUCGUUUAUAACGCAGGAACCGACAUCUUGGAUGGAGAUCCGCUCGGAGGACUCUCUAUUUCGCCGCAGGGCAUCGUUCAAAGAGACGAGAUCGUGUUUAGAGCUGCAAAGAGGCGAGGCAUCCCCAUCCUCAUGGUGACAUCCGGAGGGUACCAGAAGAGAACGGCACAAAUCAUCGCCGAUUCCAUCUUCAACUUAAGGCAGCAGGGCCUGAUCGGAGCCGACGCGGAGGGGGAGGGACCUUCAUCGGUGGAGACUUACGGCUCUGGAUGUUCUGCAUCAACAUCCACCAGGGUGUAAGCAGCAGAGGCCCUGGACUCGGAGGUCACGCUCCAUGUCUGACACGUUUAAAAGCACUUUACACGGCCUGCUUCUGAUGCCAGUUACACAAACUGUGCACGUGUUGCUCCGUAAUCAGAGUGGGCAGAGGUUCAAUGCACUCCUGAAGCAUUUCAAGAUUUAUUUUGCUUCUUUUGUUUUUAUGUGUGACCAACACGGUGGUGAAGUGGUCAGGUUGUUGUAAAGAUUUGUUUGUGUAACACUAAAUAUAUAUAUAAAAUUAAAAACCAUUAAAACCAGUUCAGGCUAGGCCAGUAGGCUAGGAGCGGCUGAGUGGUUAGAGCUGUCGUCUGCCAACAAGUCAAAGGUUUGAUUCCAGCAGCAGUCACAUGUUCAAAC